GGUAGGGGGCGCUGCGAGGCGGAAGAGCGCCGCCGUUUCCGCCCGUCGCAGCUGAGUCACUGGGCCGCGCCGCCGCCCGCCCGCCGCCGCCCGGAGCCGAGCCGUCCUGCCCCGUCCCGUCCCGUCGCCAUGCCGCUGGAGAACCUGGAGGAGGAGGGGCUGCCCAAGAACCCCGACCUCCGCAUCGCCCAGCUCCGCUUCCUCCUCAGCCUUCGGCCCCGCGCGCCCGACCCCGCCGCGCGCGACGAGCUGAUGGCGGCCGUGCGGCUCCACAAUAUGGCUCCGUAUUAUGAAGCACUGUGCAAGUCUCUUGAAUGGCAGAUAGAUGUGGAUCUGUUGAACAAGAUGAAGAAAGCUAACGAGGAGGAACUGAAACGUCUCGACAAUGAAUUAGAAGAUGCGGAAAAGAUUUUGGGAGAGAGUGAAAUCCGAGAUGCAAUGAUGGCCAAAGCUGAGUACCUGUGCAGGAUUGGGGACAAGGAGGGAGCUCUGACUGCGUUCCGCAAGACUUACGACAAAACUGUGGCACUAGGACAUCGUCUGGAUAUCGUGUUCUAUCUUCUAAGGAUUGGCUUGUUUUAUAUGGAUAAUGACCUCAUCACACGGAACAUUGAAAAGGCAAAAAGUCUAAUAGAAGAAGGAGGAGACUGGGACAGGAGAAAUCGUCUCAAAGUGUACCAGGGCCUUUACUGUGUAGCUAUUCGAGAUUUCAAACAAGCAGCAGAGCUCUUCCUUGAUACAGUUUCGACGUUUACAUCCUAUGAACUUAUGGAUUACAAAACAUUUGUAACAUACACGGUCUAUGUCAGCAUGAUUGCACUAGACAGGCCUGACCUUAGGGAAAAGGUUAUUAAAGGAGCAGAGAUUCUGGAAGUGUUACACAGUUUGCCAGCUGUACGACAGUAUCUCUUUUCUCUGUAUGAAUGCCGUUAUGCAGCCUUUUUCCAGUCCUUAGCUAUUGUAGAGCAAGAGAUGAAAAAAGAUUGGCUGUUUGCACCUCAUUAUCGAUACUAUGUACGGGAAAUGAGAAUUCACGCAUAUAGCCAGCUCCUGGAGUCCUACCGGUCAUUGACAUUAGGAUACAUGGCAGAAGCAUUUGGAGUCAGUGUAGAAUUCAUAGAUCAGGAGCUUUCAAGAUUUAUUGCAGCUGGGCGGUUACACUGCAAGAUAGACAAAGUAAAUGAGAUUGUAGAAACUAACAGGCCUGAUAGCAAGAAUUGGCAGUACCAAGAAACCAUCAAGAAAGGAGAUUUGCUGCUAAACAGAGUUCAGAAACUUUCCAGAGUAAUUAAUAUGUAAUUUUUUAAUGCAAGGGAAUGCAAAAUUUAGAUGUUUAAAACAUUUUGGAAGUAACCUAUAAAUAUAUUGUAUAACUUGGUAAACUGCAGGUAAAAAGAACAACUAGCGAGAGAGGUAGUGUUUUUACUUUCCACUUCAUUGUGUAAACAAUGUUCUCUUUUGGUGUAUGGAUCCCAGUUCAUUUAUUAAAUGUAUGAUACAGUUGGUGAUCUCUUGUAAUG